CCUGCAGGAGGAGGCGAAGGCAUUUCCUGCUUGCUCCUGCAAUCGCCUCUGCCCUCCCAUCUCCCUUCUCCCACGGCCCAUCUGCGCCUCCUCUCUGCUCCCUUUAUUGCCACCCCCGCCCUCGGCUGGGUGCUCCCGGCCCCUCCCGUGCGCUUCUGUAUUUGGAGCUGCCGGAAGCCGCGGGCGACUCUCCCCGCGAGCAGCGUGACCGACUCGGGCUCCCGUGCAGGGGGGAGGCGGAGGCAGCGCCGGGCCUGCGGGAGGAGAGCGCGAGUGGCCGAGCCUGCUUUGCAUCACCCAAGCCAGGACCUGGGCUCCUCAGCAGAAUGGCGGACAUGUUGGGCCUGAUGGAGAGACUGGAGCGCGCAGUCAGCCGGCUGGAGCAGCUGUCUGCAGGGUCUCAUGGGCCUCCUGGAGACUUCGGAGAAGUUAAUGGUGUCAAUGGAGGCAUGGCACCGUCCGUGGAAGCCUUUGACAAGCUGCUGAACAGUGUGGUAGUCGAGUUCUUGAAGAACAGCAGAGUCCUUGCUGGCGAUGUAGAGAUCCACCUAGAGAUGAACCCCAGUGCAUUCAGGAAGCAAGCAGGUUUCCUCUCAGUAUCUACACAAUACAGGAUGCCUCACUAAGGUCCUGUAGCAUCCACAGCAUCUGUGUUUUCUAUCCUCUCCUCUGGGCCCGGUCUCCCUCCACCACCUCCACCACCACCUCCCCCUGGGCCACCUCCACUUUUUGAGAAUGAAGGUAAAACUGAGGCCUCCUCUCCUUCUCGAUCAGCCUUAUUCGCCCAGCUUAAUCAGGGAGAAGCCAUCACAAAAGGGCUCCGGCAUGUCACAGACGACCAGAAGACAUAUAAGAAUCCCAGCCUGAGGGCUCAAGGACAAAUUCAGUCUCCAACCAAAACCCACACCCCAAGCCCCACCUCUGCAAAAACGAAUUCUCCUCAGAAACACGCUCCAGUGUUUGAGCUGGAAGGGAAGAAGUGGAGAGUGGAAUACCAACAGGAUAGGAAUGACCUUGUCAUCUCAGAGACCGAGCUGAAACAAGUGGCUUACAUUUUCAAAUGUGACAAAUCAACUCUUCAGAUAAAGGGAAAAGUAAACUCCAUCACUGUUGAUAAUUGCAAGAAGUUUGGGCUGGUGUUUGAUAAUGUGGUGGGAAUUGUGGAAGUGAUCAACUCCAAGGACAUUCAGAUCCAGGUGAUGGGGAGAGUGCCAACAAUUUCCAUUAAUAAGACAGAAGGAUGCCACCUGUACCUCAGCGAGGAUGCGCUGGACUGUGAGAUCGUGAGUGCCAAGUCAUCCGAGAUGAAUGUCCUGGUCCCUCAGGGUGACGAUUAUAGAGAAUUCCCCGUUCCUGAGCAAUUCAAGACAAUAUGGGAUGGAUCCAAGCUGGUCACCGUACCUGCAGAAAUUAUGGCCUAAUCUCCAGGAGAUACUCUUCCCAGAGUCUGCUCUAGCAAAGAGAAGCAAGCAGCUAGUAGAUUUCAGCACACACCCGUCCUGUGUCAGCAUCCUGAAGUUCUGUGCUGUGGAAACGGUGUCUUUUCUGGCACACUUUUGUGGGCACUUUGAAAUAUUUAACAUUUGAUCAUGAUUUGUGUGUGAUUUCAGUUCCACAUGAUAACUAGUGAGCACAUCAGAAUUAAAAAAAAAAAAAAGAAUCCUGUUCCCAUCAUAUCAUGAACUCUGUAACUGGUAAAUAAAGGCCCCCGCUCCUUUCUUCA